UCGACGGCAGCAACGUGCAUCAGUGUGCCAGACAGCAGCGCCACACGUGCAGCACCGGCAGAACCAACCAGCGACAUGAGGCUAGGAGCGACCGUACCCAACUUCCGGGCCGAGACCACGCAGGGACCCAUCCAGUUCUACGACUGGGUCGGCGACUCGUGGUGCGUGCUGUUCUCGCACCCGGCCGACUUCACGCCCGUGUGCACCACGGAGCUGGGCCGCAUGGCCGUGCACAACCACGAGUUCAAGAAGAGGGGCGUCAAGGUCAUCGCGCACUCCUGCGACAAGCUGGGCGACCACAAGAGCUGGGUCAACGACAUCAAGUCGUACUGCCGGGACAUCCCCGGGGACUUCCCGUACCCCAUCAUCGGCGACGAGAAGAGGGAGCUGGCCGUGCUGCUGGACAUGAUAGACGAGGACAGCAAGCACGACCCGGAGACCGCUCUGACGGUGCGCUCCCUCUAUGUCAUCGGCCCCGACAAGAAGCUCAAGCUGUCCAUGCUGUACCCCGCCUCCACCGGCAGGAACGUCGAUGAAAUCCUGCGUGUUAUUGACUCCUUGCAGCUGACAUCACGACUGAAAGUGAUUGCCACACCUGCCAACUGGACACCCGGCACCAAAGUGAUGAUUCUUCCAGAAGUGAAGGACGAAGAUCUCCCCAAGCUCUUCCCUAAGGGCGUCGAGAAAGUCAAGAUGCCUUCGGGCAUCACUUACGUCCGCACCACCACUGACUACUGAGUGCCUAACCGCUAAUAUAUUUGUUUCAUACAAUUUUGUUAUUCUGCAGCAAAGUAGCAUUUUUUUUUAUGAUUGUCAAAAAUUAUUUCAUGACAUUGUAUUUAAUUUAAAUGAAGUUUUACAAAAAUGUAAACCUAAUGUACUGGAUCAGCUGCAUUUGAAUUGUAAAUAUAGAAUUUAUUCUGUAAUAAAAA